CAAAACCAAAAUCCUCCUAUAAUGGAUCUCCAGUCAAAGCUGAAAAGCUGCCAACCAAGAGAAAGUUAGCUGCAGACUUCCUCAGUGACCCAAGGCCUGAGAAAAGAAAAAAAUGUUCUGGAUACAACGACUUUGUACAAUCUAUAGUUACCAAUUAUUGCAGCUAGUUCUCAAAUGAUAUCUCAUUCCGAUACAUGUAUGGGAAGGCAAAUAUUCAGGCUGCAGUCAAAGACCACGACUAUUGUCAGAUGCCUUUUACUGAGCACUGGGUGGACAAUUCCAUGUACGUUACAGAAUCUGAUGUAGUAAGAUUUGAAGAGUCCACAAGACAGCAGAGUGCAAGUCAGAUUUGGUUCAUCGAAAAGAAGUGGUGUCUAACGGCAUCAAAGUUUGGGGAAAUAUGCAAGGCCACUUUUUGUAGAAAUACAAAGAAGCUGUGUGCUGCAUUAUUGUCUGAUGUUAAAAUCAACAGUGGAGCUCUGCGACAUGGAAAAAAUUAUAAGGCAAAAGCUCUGAAAAUAUUCAACAGCAAAUUUAACGUAAAUGCUAAGAAAUGUGUUUUUUUUUUUUUUUGUUUAGAUAGGCCUUAUUUAGGUGCUUCUCCUGAUGCUGUUGUUGAUGACAGUAGUAUUGUAGAAGUUAAAUGUACAUUUAAUGGCAGAAAUGAUCUUGUGAAACCAGUGAAAAAUUUCAAAUUUUUGAGAUAUGAUAAAGAGGGCAAUAUUAUUUUGAAGCCUUCAAGCAAAUAA